GAUUGCCCAAAAGUGCUCUCUGAACACUUCCUGGAUAUUCAAAACACGUUCGCCGUCACUUCUUUCAACCUCUUCGAAAACCUAAGUUUGGCAACAAGGACUUACUGGUCAGCACUAAAUGAUGCAUCACUACUCUCUCUAAUGGCACUGAACCACAAACAAUAAUGACUGAUCACAUAGACACAUACACUAGAGGAACCCCACUACAGCGGAAUGGCAGAGCAGGGCGGAGAGAGCAGCCAGAGGGAGAGGGCUGCAGUGACAGUGCCCGACCUGCAGGGGGCGUUCGGGGUGGUCUGCAGCACCCCUGAAGAGCGGCUGCUGAGCAUCACGCUGCAGAUGGGCGGCGGGAACGGCGCUGUGGAGCAGCUGGUCCAGGCCAUGGCGCUCAUCGCCCUGCGGAGGGAGGCCGACGCACUGCAGCGGCUACGCGCUCUCGGUGGCCACCGCAUCGCGGGUUACCUGGCCAGCCAGGUGAGCGCAAGCCGGGGGCGGCUGGAGGACGUGAGGGUGGACACGUUUGAGCCGCCGGAACCCCGGGUGGACACGCUUCGGGAGCUGGCGCGGAUAUACGGCGUGCUAGUUCGGGAGCGGCUGUGCGAGGCCUCGCUGCGCGAUCAGGCCUACCAGGCAGCCCUGCUGGAGUGCAGGAACAACAACAACAACAACGACGACGACAACCGCAACGGCAAUGGGGAAGAACUGCGGCACACAGGCGCUUCCUACCUGAACGAGCUCAUAGAGGAAGUGCGAGGUGCCUGUGGUGUAGAGGUGAGCUUGAAGGCCCUACGGAUUAGCUCGAACAGCCCCCAGCCCCUCGAUGCUGCUGCCAGCCUGGCGGAGGGCAGUCUUAGCGCCCCCACGUCACUCACAUCAGUCACCUCCUCCGCCUUCAGCUCUAGCUCUCUGCCCAGCCACCUGGAGAUCAGCGCCGCCCCCACAGAGCCUGCAGGGGGCGCUAGCCACACAGAUGCCCCGCAGAUCUCCACACACACACAGGUUGCGCAGCAUACACCCAACUCACUCACGGAUGCCUCUAAACACACACUCAACUCACACACAAGUGCCUCUAUACACACACUCAACUCACACACAGGCAGCUCUACACACACACUCAACUCACACACAGGCGCCCCCUCUGCUGCUACUGUUCUGGUGGGGCGGGAGGCAGAGGGCUGUUCAGGCCCAGUGUCUGCAUGUCGCGCGGAUGUGGAUAAUGGUGGCGGCACUACUGCUGUUCCUGUUGGUCCUCCUGCUCCUGUUGGUCCUCCUGCUCCUGGUGGUGCUGCUGCUGUUGGGUCUGCACCUGGUCCUGCUGCGUCUGCUGCUGCUGGUAUUGGUAGUGGUGCUGUUGCUGCUGCUGCUGGGUCCGCACCUAGUUCUGCUGGUUCUGCACCUGGUCCUACUGGGUCUGCUGCUGCUGCUCUUACUGCUGCUGUUGCUGCUGGGUCUGUACCUGGUCCUGCCAUACUAGACCCGCCCAGCCACCUCCCCACACAGUGCUCAGGUAGGGACGGGAUGCAUCAGCUCGUCACGUCCGUCAGUGCAGGUGUGGAGACCCAGCGUCCACCUGAGCCCAUGCUCCCAGAAUUCUCUCGCUCCGUCAGUGCACCUGAGCCGGCGUCAUGGCAGGGGGAGGAGGAGGAGGGGGCAGUGUUUUACUCGUUCGUGAUCCUGCACGCCACAGAGGACGAGGCGGCGGCCGUGGAGCUGCAGAACAAGCUGGAGAGCGCGACGGCAGGCACAGGGGCGACGUUCUCCCAGGACUUCCACAUCCCGGGCAGACAUGCGCUCAACUGCGUAGACGACGCCAUCAACAACUCGGCCUUCACCAUCUUGCUGCUCACACGCAACUUCAGCUCACGCAUGCAGGAGGUCAUCACCAACUCCGCCCUGAUGAACGCUAUACACAACGCCCACAAGUACAACACGGUCAUCCCGCUGCAGCCCCUGAAGAACCCACUGCCCCCCGACGAGGUACCCAUGGUCCUGAGGACCCUCGUCAAGCUGCACGAGAGCAGCCGGAACUUCAGCCACAUCGCCAGGAGGGCGAUCAGCCCGGAGAAGGUGAAGCAGCAGAGGCGCGUCUGGGAACAGGAGCAAGAGGUGGUGCGUCUGCGGGAGCAACGGCGGAGACUCGUAGAGGAGAACCGCCGGCAGCAGGAGAAUAUCCAGCAGCAGCAGCAGUACAUCCGGCAGCACCAGGAAUAUAACAGACAGGCCCAGGAGAGAUGGGAGCUCUACCACAAGCUACAAAGCCUGACACAGAGUCCAACGCAUCUCCCUCCUAAUUUUGCUUCCCCUCCAGGCAUGGCAGGGCCCCCUCCUACUCCACCACCUAGCUACCCUCCUCCUACCCCACCACCUAGCUACCCCUCUCCUGCCCCAUCACCUAACUACCCCCCUUGGCCCCCACAGAUGAGCCCAUAUGCCUUUUGGCCCCCCCAGUCACCGCAGUCACCAGCAAACAUUACGAUCCAGAAUGCAUCGUGCAUCAUGAUUGGGAAUGACUCUACUAUGACUAUAGGAGACCCGAGUGUGAUUCAGGGGGUCCUGGAUGAGGACGGAAUGCAGGAGGAUCUAGAAGAGGACUAACUGCUGUGGGAUUCUGGAGGAUCUAGAUUAGGAUUGACUGCAGUGUGAUUCUGGGGGGUCUGAAUUAGGACUGACUGCAGUGUGAUUCUGAGGGUUCUGGAUUAGGACUGACUGCAGUGUGAUUCUAGACGGAUCUGGAUUAAAACUGACUGUUGUGUGAUUCUAGGGGGAUCUGGAUUAGGGUUGACUGCAGUGUGAAUCAGGGGGAUCUGGAUUAGGACGGACUGGUGCAGUGUGAUUCAGGAGAAUCUGGGUUUGGACCAGGGGGUCAAGGCCGUGUAGAUUAGCUUCGACGUGUUAGCAUGUGCCAUUUUCAAGUAUGGCGCCUCAUGGAGCAUUUAGAACCAGCUCUGUGCACGAAAAUCCGUGUUGGUCACAAGCUCUCAUGCGCGCACAUGUUGGUGGACGGGUACCUACAGCCAAUCAUUACUCAGUGCGACACUCCACUGGACUCAGGUGUGUGUUCCCGAGCAACUUUUUCUUCUUGUUGUUACGUGGCAAGCAAGGUAUGUGCAUUAUCGCCACCCUCUGAACUGGAGGAGGACUCUUUUUACAGAAUGUCCAAUAGAAGUCAAUGUAGCUCCACGCGUCAUUUCCAGCUUUGGAACUUUGCGCAUGGUCAGAGCCGACUGGCGCUGGAUCAGAGCUCCAGCGUUCAAUAUGGCGUUGACUAUGAAUUGGCCGGAUUUAGCCUAGCCUAGCCUCUGCCAUUCGUUUGAAUGGAGGGCGGGACUUAGUCACUGACUGCAGUGUGAAUGAGGGGGAUCUGGAUGAGUAUAGAUUACAGGGGAACUGGAUUAGGACUGACUGCAGUGUGAAUCAGGGGGAUCUGGAUUAGGACUGGCUGCAGACAUGCAUCAGAGCUCUUUUCAGGACACUUUGCUCUUACUGAUCAGUACGUCACGGCAGUAACACUGCAGGCAUGCACUGCAGAUUAUAGUAAAACUGAAAUGCUACAAAUUGAGUUCAAACUCAAAUUGACUCUCAAAAUGGGUCAUUUUUCUCAAUGUUGUAACUGACUAGUAAUUAUGCACUCUUAAAAUUACAUUAAA